UAGCUAAAUUGUUUAAAGUUAGCUUACCUUAUUAGAACGUUUACAGGAAUGUAACUUCACCGGAAUGUAACGCUCCAGUUGCUAUGGAAAUUUUGUUGCAGAAAAAUGAAACCUGAUCAGUGAGUCAGCUUAGCCGACUGGAACACUGUUCAUCGACCUCAAAACUAAACCAGUUCAUAACACGAUGGAUAACUGUGAUUUAGAAAAGCUUUCAAUUUCUGUAGGAAAAUUAUACCCUCCAUUCGAACCCAAUUUAUUAAAUUAUAAAGUUAUUGUUCCUUGCAAUACCAGUAGCGUGACACUGGAGCUACUGACCAGUGACUGUGGAGCUUCAUAUAAAAUUCAUUUUGGAGAUGGUUCAAACGUUAUUCAGUUGAAUGAUGGGAUAAAUACAAUUAAUAUAGAGGUGGUAGCUGAGGACGGCACAGCGAAGACGUACUGCGUUGAAGUGACCAAACUGUCGGCCAGCGUUGCGGAGCUUUGUGGUCUGGAAAUAGAUGGGGGCGUGCAAAUACAGCCAGAAUUCUCGCCAAACGUUUACGAAUACUCGAGUGCAGUUCACUUAGUCAAAAAUUCUGUGACAAUACUGCCAAAGCUACCCGAUGUGAACAUGCAAGUUUCAGUGAACGGCUCGGACAGCACUGAAGUUAUCUCCUUAAACAUCGGAGACACACUUGUUAAUAUUGAGGUUUGCUCGGCAGAUGGCACCAAAUCGCAAGUAUAUACACUACUUAUCACACGAGAACAGAUCCCUCUGGCUGUGACUUUCAAGGAUGAGAGAGAUCAAAUGGAGUAUGAGUGUCCUUUUUCACUUACAGCACUUUACAGGCCAGUUUCUGUUAGCCCAAGUGACCCCAAGCACAUCUACUCAGCCCCUUGCAUCGAUGUACUCACCAGGAGGUCAAAGGUCGAUCCUUUGGAUGAGCAUCCCCUCGGGGAGAACUGGAAGUCGCCAGAACUGGACCUGGACAGGAAAAUGUCUGCUGCUCCAGUCAAGUGUUUCUUUGCUUACCGUGGGUGUGAAAGUGUGAUGAAGUUAUCAGAGGUUGGGUCACAUGCAAAGGAUUGUCCACACAAACCCCCUAUAAAGCUGGACGCUAAGGAUGUCACUGAAACAGAGUGGUACAAAAAACACUUUGCAUCCUCAAGUUGUCUGGAAAUUCAGACAAAACACUCCUUGGAGACACGGAGCUGGGAGAAGCAGCUGUGGAAGGCCAUAGGAGAGGCUGAUGUUCAUCAGCUGUGCAGCCAUGCCAAGAAGCAGCUCAAACUAUACAGAGAGACGCUGCCCAAACCAGGGGACUCCAUGCAGUACGAGCACGGACGCUCGCCCCUGGACCGCCUGGAUCAGGCCGCCGUCCACUACGCCUCGGCCGUCAAGCUGAAGCCCAGAGACCCCCAGCUGCACUUCCUGCUCGGCCAGGUCCUGGAGGAGCAGCACUAUGCGGCAGAGAUGUACGGCCUUAAGAAAACGAAUGAGGAGGACUCCCAGGAGCCGGGCAUGGCCGAGGCGGCGGGGAGGGAGGAGGAGAUCCUGGCCAUCUGCAGGCUCCAUGGCUUCAGCAGCCGACCCACGCUGGAGAACCAGCUGAAGGCCCUGGAUGCCGAGCUCCACCAGCUGAAGGAGCAGGGCCUGUCGGGGAAGGCCGACUACAUCCAGACCCUUUUCAUCUGGCUGUCGAAGAGGGCGGGGAAGGACGGGCGGGUCUGUGUUUCGGACGAGGAAAGCUGGCUGCAUCGGGCCCUGCUGAAGUACCUGGAUGCCUGGAGCCUGAGGCCGGAGAGCUGGGAGUACGGCCUGCACGUGGGGCGGCUGCUCCUGGAGCAGGGGAGGCACCGGGAGGCGCUGCCGCACCUGCAGGUGGCGCUAGCACUGCAGCCCUGCCAGCCUGCCCUUCGAUUCUAUAGCAGCUUGGCACUGCUGCAGCAGGAGGGAGUCUCGACCUCAGAGGAGCAGAAGGCUGUGCUGUUUCUCCAUCAGGGCCUAGAGCACACACUGGCCCUGUGCUGCAGCCAGGACGGCCCGCACAGAGGAGACGUAUGGAAAGUGACUGACCCGCUGUCCGCCAUCAACGUUCAGUUCCUGCGCGGCUGCCUCGUUCUGGGAGAGCUGCUGCAGAGGACCAGGCCAGCUCAGUGUCACAUGACCGCAUCACAGGUCUAUCACACUGUGGUGGUCCUGGCGCUGAGGGGUGUGUGUAGGUGUGUGUGUCGGGGGCAGGUGGCGCAGCAGCUGGAGUGGGUGCAGCUGGAUGCCCACUUCGCCCUCCUCCAGUCUCUCACGCUGCAGCCGCCGACCGCGGGGAAACAGCUCUGGGUUGCCAGGAGGUGCCAGGCCCUGAGUGCCCUCAUCCGACUCACCACUAUCGCCCCCUGCCAGGAGCUGCUGAACAUGCAAGAGAAAGUGUGUCAGAUUGGGGUGGUGACCACGCCGGGCAGCAGCCAGGCCCUGUGCCUGCUUGGCAUCGCCCAGCUGGCCCAGCACGAUGACAGCCCCGCCUCGGAGCGGGGCCAGACCGCCCUGGCGGACGCCCGACUCAGCUUCCGUGCCAGCGUGGCGCUGGAGGGCACGCCCGUAUAUGGAGCGGCUCCCGAGCAGCUGACCGCUCAGAAAUGGUGGCAGGACUGGAUGUCCAGGGAGAGGAAGACUGAGAUGAAGGAUGAGAAACAGCAGUCAGAGGGCUCCAUGUCAGCUGGUCCCACAGGAGAGGCGGGGCCUGCGGGGAGAGGAGGCGCCCGUGGGAGGGGGGCCCCCGUCAGAGGGGGCGCCACAGCAGCAGCUAAGAUCUCUGCGCCUGGGCGAGGGUGCAAACAUUUACCGACAGCCAAACCCAUCCCACAAGCAGCAAGCAGGGGGCGAGCAGCAUUUACACGCACAAUUAAGACUGAAGUGGCAGCCAAGGCCCAAGUCAAAGUCAACAGCAGAACUCAGGCUUCUCUCAUGAAAACCACAGCAGACUGCUGCCCAACUCCAGAAAAAGCAGCUGCAGAAGCCAUACCUGCUGAGGAGCAAGUAUUUGACAGCAGCUGCGAUCUCCCCACUACUCUCAAUUGCUGGUCCCACACCUCACGUUUAGGCCUGGCCCGGGCCUACUCCCGUUCCCCUGAGACCAGAGAGCAGGCCUGUGAACUCUUCCGAGAGGUCAUCACCAAGGCACCAAAGGUUCACGACGCCUACAUUGAGCUCGCUGAACUCCUAGUGAAGACUGACCCCAUGGCUGCUGUGGAAGUUUACUGCAGGUUCCCUCUCAAUCCUGUCCACCAGCAGACCUUCGACGACGCCUUCAUCGUGGGCGAGAUCGUGCACAUCCUCAUGAAGCAGGAGCUUUACGACCAUCCGCAACUGGGCCCAAACCUCAUCGCCUAUGGGAAGCUCAUGGGACUAGGAUGUUUGGAAAAAUACAUCGAAGUGCUCGAUGGAAAAUUCAAAACAAACCUCCUCAAGACUGUGUACGCUGGUAUCCAUGACAAAUCGAUGGAAGACGAGGACCUGCAGGAGUUUUUCAAAUUCAAAUGUUGGAUAUAAUUAAUCAUGUCUUUAUUUUGAAAGGUUCAUUUUAUCAUAAAUAAAACAUAAAUUGAAGACUACAUACAUACAUACAUGAGAAAGAAUUAUUGGGAUACAGUUUAGCAUUGCAUUUGUUACAAA